UGUUUGUUAUUGAAAUUUGAUCUCAACAGGAACUACAGCCACUGCUGUAAAUACCAAUCAGCCAGCAGCAGCAGUAGUAUAGGGAUGUUACCGCAGUCUUAUUAUUCACGGAGCGCAGUGAAUUGGUGAAUUCAAGCCGCACCUCUCGUCUGAAAGAAAACCCAACUCUUGUGAAAGUGCAUAAAGAAGGAGGGUUUAACCACCCGAAGAUUGAUGACAGCCAGCAGCAGUAGUUGGGUUGUAGUAUAAAAUGAGAGUGAAGAGUUUCGACUCGACGCGAGUGUUUUGUUGGAGAGCAUCAAACUUGGAAGUGUAUAAUAACAUGGAGUGCGGGAUUCUUCUUCUCCCGCUGCUGCUGACUCAUUUGCUUUUAGUGCGUGCGGCAGAUGAUGCUGUGGAUAGUACCCAGGUGAAGGCUGGAAAUGUUUCGACGGUUAACGAAUGUUACUGGUCGGGUGAGGGGCCGAUUUGCGAUGGAAAAUGUCGGGCGGGAGAAACUGUCGCCUCCGAAUCGAAGAAAAACGACGGAAACGGCUGCAUCAUUGGCAAGAAAAUGUAUUGUUGCAAGGGUGGUGCUGUUUUAUCGAGUAAUAACGGAACAGAAGCAGUGGCUCUUCACCAUGUGAAACGACAACACGUAAUUGAAGUAACCAACUCGUCGUCGACACAAGGACAACUCCUAUUAGGAGACACGAAAGAUGAUUGCUAUUGGGUCGGCAAGUCCCCAAACUGCAAAGGCUUCUGCCUGGAAGGUGAUUACAUGGUGAACACGUCCCGUACAGCCAACGGAUCCACGUGCAUUGUCGGGAAAAAGAAAUAUUGCUGCAAAGGCUCCGGCACCAAUAACACAUUAAAUGACGUGCACACUCAUUCCGGCAGCAGCAGCAGCAGCACUACAGAGGCUGCUCCCGUGAAACAAAUGACGAACGGCAAUUCAUCUUCUUCCUGCUACUGGGUGGGCAAGGCGCCCAUUUGUUUGGGAUCCUGCAGGUUCGGUGACUACGUGGCCGACAAAUCUCCCACCGGCGACGGCGGAGGGAAAUGUGAGAGUGGCCAGAAAAAGUUUUGCUGCGCUCGACAACAAUCGACCGCGCCCGUCUCGACCGAAGAGCCGCCGCCGCCCCUCAAGACAACGACCAGCAUCGGACAAAUGGACAAUGUCAACAAUUCAAUUUCCAAUUGGACAAGUGCGAGACCUUUUCAAACGCGACGUCGGCCAACGCCCAGGGGUUUGCCAAUCAACUCGACCGUCACCAAUCGCGUCAAAAUCGUCAAAAUCAAACGGAAAUUGGUCAUGUCGACACCGACAGUCGCAAACGUGUCGACGUCGAUUUCCAUGACGUCGGAAACUUCGUCAACUCUGGCGAUGGCUCAAUCGUUAUUGACUCUUCCAUCAACAACAGAAUCGACGGUAACGACAACAGCAACAUCACCAUCGACAGCAACAACAGAAUCGACGACACCGACGACGAUAACUGCUUCAACGACAGCAGCAACAACAACAGCAACAGAAUCGACAUCAACAACGACAGCAAAAACACCGUUGACAACAACACCAUCGACGACAGCAACAACACCAUCAACAACAACAACACCAUCGACGACAACUGCUUCAGCAACAACAACAACAGAAUCAACGACGACAGCAACGGCAGCAACAACACCAUCCACGACAGCACCACCGACAACAUCAGCAACAACAACAACACCGUCGACGACAACUGCUUUAGCAACAACAGAAUCAACGACAACGCCAUCGACGACAGCAACAACAACAACAACGAUAGCAACACCGACAACAUCAACAGCGACACCGACAACAACGACUUCAUCGACGACAACAACAACAGAAUCGACGACAAUAGAAACUGGGACGACGUCUUCGACGCCAAUUCGACAUCCAAUUCAUCAUCCAAUUCGUCAUCCAACUUCUCGACAUCCAACAACUUUGGCGGCACGGUCGACUUCAACAGCAACGGAAUCAACGUCACUUGCAACCGGGCCGUCAACACCAGCCUCGACGUCGAUAAAACCGACGUCGGCCAGGGCCCCGAAAAAGUUUGAACCGUUUUUCAAUCUGCCCGACGUCCUGCCCGUCCCUUUGAUAUUCCGAAUACAAAAAUCCGCCGACACGGACAUCACCAGCCUGGCUGCAAACAUUGCAACAACAUCAAUUAUUCAAUCAUCAACGACGUCAACAACCCCAACCACCUUGGAAUAAUAAAAAAACCCAAAAAAGAUCCAAUAUUAUAUCGUCCUGGCGACUGGGGUCCCGGUUUGUCAACAAACGGAAAUCCACCAGUGCACAAAUCAUCAAUAAUGGGACCGCCGAUUGUUUUGCAGUGCAGCAAGUUAUAUAUUCCUCUGUUUCGUAUCAAUGACUACUUUUGAAAUGAAUAAAAUACAACGUCAAUUGUU